AUGACGGGGCGAAACAAACAUACAUGGACUACUAAAGAGGAUGCAAGGUUUAUUGAAACAUUGUUCGAGUUACAUGUAUCCGAAAAGUAUAGUGGUGCCGACAACGGAUUCAAACCCGGUUAUUUGAAGGCGAUGCAACAAUUACAAAAUGUAAGUCUCUGUAACUCGGGUUUAAAAGCAUGGCCUCAUAUUAAAUCGAUGACGAAGACAUGGAAAAAUCAUUUCAACAUCAUGCACAACAUGAUAUAUGGAACAAACACGAUUGAAUUUGGUUGGGAUACGAAUAAAUGUUGUGGUACCGCAGAUGCUGAAGUUUGGGAUGAGUUCAUAAAGAGUCAUAAAGGUGUUGCGUGUUUUCGAGAUAAACCAUUUCCGCAAUUCGAUAACCUGUGUGAAAUCUUUGGUAAGGAUAGAGUUGCUGGUAAUGGAUCUUCUAAUCUUGGAGAAUAUGUGAUUGAAGAGACACAAAGAAACUCAUUUGUUGAUGGGGGAAGGGAAGCGGCAAAAGAAAUGAAAGAGACUUUCAAGGAGGUUGGUGAGAAACUUAUUGAAACAAUAUACAAUGUAGGAAGGCAAGAAAAUAAGGAAGCAUGUGAUAUGAUAGAUAACGUUAUCAAAGAUAUACAACACAUGGCAAAUAUCAAUGCCAAACAACGAAUUAAGGCGAUUGACAUAUUUAGCAAAGAUCAAUUCCACACCUGA